AACGAACCCCUCAACAUCAGACUCGAGAUCGGAUCCCGGCACCCCGGCAGCCUCGGUAACCACCGGUGCAACAUCGGCGACCACAAGAUGGCGGUAUGCUUCACGUGCCGAACGGCACUCCGGCGCCAGAUUGAAGGCCUCCGAAAGCUGCGACAGAGGCGGCUGCACUCGACCAACAAGGACUCGGCCAGGACGAGCAGGGUCGAGAGACCACAGGAACAGAUCCCGACGCCGAAUAACGUUCCCACGCUCAACUUCUGGCAGAGACUGGGCCCCCUGACGAGGGCAGCGCAAGCGUACGCCCGCGCCCAGCGCAAGAGGCCGUACGUGACGCAGGUGUGCACCUCGUUGUUCAUCUACCUAUGCUCCGACAUCUCGGCGCAGAGCAUGGGCGGGAGGGACUAUGACCCAACGAGGACCCUGCGAGCGCUGUUGAUCGGCUCAAUCUCGUCGAUUCCGAGCUACCACUGGUUCGUCUGGCUCUCCGAAAGCUUCAACUAUCGGUCGCGUCUCCUGUCGUUGGCCACCAAAGUGGUCGUCAACCAAGUCUGCUUCACGCCCGUAUUUAACACAUAUUUCUUCGGGAUGCAGGCGCUACUGUCGGGCGCAACACUGGCCGAGACUUGGGAGCGCAUCACCAAGACGGUUCCCGUGAGUUGCCUCAACUCGUGCAAGCUAUGGCCCGCCGUCACCGCAUUUAGCUUCGCAUUUCUCCCGCUCGAGUAUCGUCCCGUGUUUGGAGGGGUGAUUGCAGUGGGGUGGCAGACAUAUCUGAGCUACCUCAACCGUCUGGCGGAAGGGAGCAUCGCCGCGCGCGGGGAAGCGCUCGAAGAGCCCGAGAUGGCGAAGCCACUGAGCGCUGGCCUCGCCCGGCUCUCAUCCCCCAAGAUGGCGGGCCCUUACCUUGGAGCCCGGCGCUCUCUUGCUGCCGCUCUCCGACCGUUUUCCCGUUCUGGAUCGCAAUUACGAUUCAACAACAACAACCAUGUCCCACGACGCCCCGCCUCGACCUCUUCUUCUUCUUCGGCCAGCCGCGCCCCCUCCACGGCGCGCAACGUCCUCGUCGCCGGCCUCCUAGCCACCGUGGGCGGCGUCGCCUACUACUACGCAACCGACACCCGCGCCUCGAUCCACCAAUGGCUCGUGCCCCGUCUGCUGCGCGUCAUCUUCCCCGACGCCGAAGACGCCCACCACGCCGGCACCGCCGCCCUCAAGACCCUCUACUCGCUCGGCCUGCACCCGCGCGAGCGGCCUUCGGCCCUCGAGGACGGUACCGACGGCGCCGGCGCCGGCGGCGGUAACCCGCUCGCGGUGACCGUCUUCGGCACGACCCUGGCCAACCCGAUCGGCAUCUCGGCCGGGCUCGACAAGGACGCCGAGAUCCCGGACCCGCUCUUCGCGCUGGGCGCCGGCGUGGUCGAGGUCGGCGGGUGCACGCCGCUGCCGCAGGAGGGCAACCCGCGCCCGCGCGUCUUCCGCAUCCCCGCCGUCGACGGGCUGGUCAACCGGUACGGGCUCAACUCGCGCGGCGCCGACGCCAUGGCAGCCCGCCUGCGCGAGCGCCUGCGCACUCUCGCGCGCACGCUAAGCGGCGGCGGCGGCGGCGGCGGCCUGACCGAGCAGGAGGUCCUGGACGGCGCGCUGGGCGAGGACGUGCCCGUGGGCAGCCUGCGGCCCGGCCGGCUGCUGUGCGUGCAGAUCGCCAAGAACAAGAAGACGGACGAGAGGGACCUGGACGCCGUCAUCCGCGACCACGUCUACUGCGUCCAGAGGCUGGCCCCCUACGCCGACGUGCUCGUCGUCAACGUCAGCAGCCCCAACACCCCCGGCCUCCGGGACCUGCAGGCGGCCGAGCCGCUGGCGCGGCUGCUGGGCGCCGUGGUGGACGAGGCCAAGAAGACGCCGAGGAAGGUCAAGCCCAGGGUGAUGGUCAAGGUGUCGCCGGACGAGGACGACGACACCCAGAUGGAGGGCGUCGUGCGGGCGGUGUGGACGAGCGGGGUCGACGGGGUGAUUGUGGGCAACACGACCAAGCGGCGGACGGGGCUGGUCAAGGAGGGCGUGCGGCUGACCGCCAAGGAGCAGAAGGCGCUGCUGGAGGAAGGCGGCUUCUCGGGGCCGGCCAUGUUCGAGCGCACCCUCAGCCUGGUCGGCAGGUACCGCAAGAUGCUCGACCGCUACUCGCUCGGGACCCCGGGGGUCGAUGACGCCUUCCCUCCGCAGAAGGUCAUCUUUGCGACCGGCGGCAUCACGACCGGCGAGCAGGCUCUCAAGGUCCUCAAUGCCGGCGCCAGCGUCGCUAUGGUCUACACGGGGCUGGUCUAUGGCGGCUCCGGCACGAUAACGAGGAUCAAGAAGGAGAUGAAGGAGAAGCUUGCGAUCAAGGAAUCUUGAAUCCCUCCCUACCUUAGUAAGCGUCGCUCUGUAUAAAUACGUUUCGGUUGGCUGGAGAAUCUCACGACACCUCCACCGAUUGAAAACAGACUCGGUCUAAUAAAAAAAAAAAGGGGGCCAUUCUCAUGUUUGAGGGAUAGAGUAAUAUGAAAUGCGUUUCAAUGAGGCGAA